AUGGCUUGGAAGAAGAUUUCCCGGCACAGAAGGAAUCAUUCACAGCAUGUGUUGAAAGAUGUCAUUCCACCACUAGAACAUCCAAUGGUUGAAAAAGAGGGGUAUCUUCAAACAGCCAAAAUUGCAGAUGGAGGAAAGAAACUAAGGAAAAACUGGUCCACUUCCUGGAUUGUUCUUUCUGGUCGAAAAAUUGAAUUUUACAAGGACUCCAAGCAGCAAGCUCUUCCCAACAUGAAAGACAGGCACAAAGCAGAAAGUGUGGAUUUGUGUGGUGCACAUAUAGAAUGGGCCAAGGAAAAAUCAAGCAGAAAGAGCGUCUUUCAGAUCACCACAGUAUCAGGAAAUGAGUUCCUUCUGCAGUCAGAUAUUGACUUCAUCAUAUUGGAUUGGUUCAAUGCUAUCAAAAAUGCCAUUGACAGAUUGCCAAAGAAUCCAAGUUGCCGGUCCCUGGAGUUGUUCAAUUUCCAGAGAUCCUCAAGUUCUGAACUGCUGAGUCAUGGCCAUGCCGACAGAAAAGAACAGAAACCAGAGCAUAGGAAGUCUUUCAUGUUCCGGCUACAUCACAGUGCUUCUGACUCAAGUGACAAAAACCGUGUAAAGAGCAGACUGAAGAAGUUCAUCUCCCGAAGACCUUCUCUGAAAACUCUGCAAGAAAAGGGGCUCAUUAAAGAUCAAAUUUUUGGCUCUCAUCUGCACACAGUGUGUGAACGAGAACAUUCCACAGUUCCAUGGUUUGUAAAGCAAUGCAUUGAAGCUGUUGAAAAAAGAGGCCUAGAUGUUGAUGGAAUAUAUCGAGUUAGUGGCAAUCUGGCAACAAUACAGAAGUUAAGAUUUAUUGUCAACCAAGAAGAGGAGCUGAAUUUGGAUGACAGCCAGUGGGAGGACAUCCACGUCGUCACCGGAGCACUGAAGAUGUUUUUCCGGGAGCUGCCUGAACCGCUCUUCCCUUACAGUUUCUUUGAGCGGUUUGUGGAGGCGAUCAAAGAGCAAGACAGCAACGUAAGGAUCAAAACUAUAAAGUCUCUGGUAAAAAGUCUCCCUGCACCAAAUCAUGACACCAUGAAGAUCCUCUUUGGACAUCUGACCAAGAUAGUGGCCAAAGCCUCCCAGAAUCUCAUGUCUACACAAAGCUUAGGGAUUGUGUUUGGACCCACCCUCCUGCGAGCUGAAAAUGAGUCGGGAAACAUGGCGAUACACAUGGUAUACCAAAACCAGAUAGCAGAGUUCCUGCUGAGCGAGUACGAUAAGAUCUUCGGCUCAGAAGACUGACAGACAAGACAAGCUACUGAGUAUGUUCACAUCUGUCUUGAUGCCUAAUAUUUUUACAUUUCUGUAAACAUAUUUCUGAAAUAUUUUUUCCUUCCAAGCGACAGAUGCUUCAUUUUGUGAAAACUUCGUGAUGAUUUUGUAUUUAAGUUCCAAACAUUCGAA